AAAAAAGAAAUUUGUUUAAAUUUGUGUAGAUUCUCAUUUGUGCCAAAUGGAUGAUAUGUUGGAUAUAAUGGAGCCGCUGUCGCGGAUGCAGCUGAAACUGGAGGAAAUCCGGAAGGCUCACUUUAAAGAGCUGGAAGAACUAUUCUACGGCGUCAAGACCAAAGAUGCCAAGGCUGCGGACAAUGCCCCGGCGCAGAGCGAAACCUCCGCGGUGACACCACAGCAGACCCAGAAGCGUCCCAAAUGGCUGACCGCUCUGACUGAGAACACAGAUGAUUCCCAACGUGAGUUGUGCUGUGGGCUAAAAGAGACCAAGACUCACCUUGCACUCUCCCCAGAUGCCCCUGAUGUCACAUCAGAGUCCUCGGGCCGCCAAAGUGCGCGGUUGAGCAACUCCCAGCUUUUGGCCAUUGCCGAGGUGGAGAACCUGAACAGCAUAGCCUCGUUAAUGCCGCCGCUACCGGCACCGACUCUAGCCGACACCACCAUGAGCUCGGGCCGGCCGCAGCGGGCUGCCAAAUUGAAAACGGGAAAGCUGCUCAAGGAGCCCUCUCUCAUCCGAAAGAUGCGUCGCCCCAGCGAAGAGGAUUCGAUCCGGGUGAAGGUGGAGAGCGAACAGCGCGUCUCGCAGGUCAACGGCAGGACGCACAACAUAGCACCGGAUCCCAAACCGUCAGUUGUGGAGGAGACACAGCCACAGGAGCCACCACCAACACUACCAAUAGAGCCCAUCAAGAAGCCAGCCGAAGUCUUCGCCUCCAAGAAUGUGUGCGUCAAAGUCAAGCGGGAGAAGUUUACCGGCGAGAUGCCGCCGCCCCUACCGGCCACAGAUACCACAUCCACAAUUUUGGAGACGGAUGCUACCAGGUGGGAUGAGACUGCAUUCAGCAAUACUACAACGGCAUCCGAGAUGUCCAAGAAGGGGCGAAAGAAGAAGAAGGAUGGCGCCUGCCAUCGGCCCAUCAAGGUGGAGCGAUUUAGUGAAAUUGAUAAAAACUCGCCCGUCUCCUCGCGGACACGCAAAAACAGCACCGAGUCGCGCAACCAGGAGCGUCCCACCGAUGAAAGCCCCAACAUUGCACCGGCCGACGCCACCUUCGAAGUUAUUACUAGCAAGAAGGGGCCACCAAAGCCAGUGUCAGAGCCAAGGCGGGACAGUCUCCUGACAGAGGAUGAGUCGCUGGACGACAGGGUACCAGUGGCGAAAUUUCUCUCGAAUGUGAAGACCAUGAAGCUGCCCGGCCGCACCCAUGAGCUGUUUAAUCCGCUCUUGCAGAGUCCAGUGAAGAUGCGCGUGGAGGCCUUCGAAAAUGCGGCCAUUGCCCAGAGCAACUUACGCUCCCAGCGAGCCAAGGAUACGGGCACGAACACGAGCAACACGCCCAAGAUUGGCAAGUUGCAGCCACCAACUGUGGGGCGCUUUUAUACGCCCACUCAGACCUCAAGUCAAUUGCCCGUGAGCUCGGCCCAGCCCAAGAAGGGCCCCAUGAGUGCCUCGAAGGCAACGACGCUGCUGAAGACUGCCACCGGGACCAACCUGAAGUCCACCAGUUCUGCAUCCACCAAGAGCCUGUUACGCGAGAACAGCGGCGAAGACUUCCGCAAGGGUCUGCACAGCCUGGCCGAGGAGCGCAAGAAGCUGCGUGAGCAGAAGCAUCAGCAAGCCGCCCAGCAGCGAGAGGCAAAGGAGCGGGAGCGAGCCGAACGCAUUGCCAAGCAGACCGCGGAACGCGCCAAGAAACAGGAGGAACGAAAGAAGCUGGAGGAGCGCAAGCGGCUGGAGGUUGAGGAGCUGAAUCGUAAGAUGCGCCAGAAGGAGGAGGCCGAGGCCCUCAGGAAAGCCAAGAUCCGGGAGCUGGAGAAUCAAAAGCUGGCACAGUUGACCGGGGCCAAGAAGAAGAUUCUGCCACCGCCGCCGAAGACAAAAUACACAUGGGACAUGCUGCACGCCACCGAUGACGAGGGCAAGGUCACCCACAAGCGUCCGCCAGCACCCACCUGGAGUCGCAGCCAUGUACGCGGCGUAGCGAUUGCCAUGCAGAGCCACUGUCCCACCGAUGUCAUCGACAGCUUCUUCUCGGUGGCCCCCACCACUCCGGACCUGAAACUGAUUUUCCCCAACAUCGAUCCCAGCCAGCUGAAGCGCAACUCCAGCGUGCUCUGGUCCACGCCCCCACGCUAUUCGGAGCUCCCAAAAUACUAGUUAUACACAAACACGUAUGUAUAUAAAAUAAUCCCCUGUUUUUCUUUCUGUUUCGUUCUAUGGAAAUAUAAAUGAAGUUUAAAUUAAAUAAAUGUAUUUGCGAAAAGUAAUGCAAGAUACCGCA